UUCAUCUCCAUCGGGCUGAGAGCCAUCGGUGCAGCCACCAGCGAGGUCACAGCUGGCGCUGAGCAGCCUGCACUGCAUCCCUGCACCCCUCACCGCAUCCCUGCACCAGGACGAUGCGGAGCCGCGCGCUGCUGGCCGUGCUCGCCCUGGCGCUGCCGCUCGCCCUCUCCGCCCCGCCGGGCUCCGCGCCGCGCUCCCAGGUACGGCCGCACCGUCGGGGCUCGGGGGUGGCACCGCGCGGCUCCGCUCACCGCUCCGCUUCCCGCAGAGGGGUCCCGGCCCGGAGCCGCUGCUCUGGAGAUCCCGGGGCAGCUCGGGGGCCGCCGUCGCCGCUCUUCUGCAGCUACUGCGGGAGGAGGAGAACGGUCCCCCGGCGCCCGCGCCUCCUCAGAAGCGAGACAUGCACGACUUCUUCGUGGGGCUCAUGGGGAAACGGGCGGCAGAACCCGGGAGGGCGGCGGGGGGCAGCGGGAGCGCGGCCGGGACUGGACACGCUGAGCGCGGCCCCUCCGCCCGCUGCUCCCCAGGACCCCCCCCGGACGGCCCUCGGGUUGCCGGUCCCCCCCGCCCCGCGCCGUGAGGAGCGGCCUCGACGGGCGGACAGGACGCGGCGGAGCCUUCGCGGGAGCCCCGGGGCCGCGCCGAGAGCGGAACGCGAGUGUCCGAACCGCGCUGUACGCGCACCGCACGCAUACAGCACUGCACAACCCGGAGCCGCGCCCGCCUCUGUGUGUCUGCGCCGGGGUGGGAGGUGGAGGGGGUGAGAAGGGGAGGAGCGCGCCGCUUAUCGUGACCCUCCCCGUAUCGCGACCCGGACCGCCCCGCGUUCCCCCCCGCAGUUCCCCUCCGGGCCGCUGCGGCGCUGUGGCCCCGUCGGAGCGGGCGGGCGGCGGAAGGCGGCUCCGGUGGCGGCGGGCGCUCGGAGCGGCGGGCGGAGGGCGGAGGGCGGGGCGGUGCCUUUGUAGCCCCUUGCCCUGCCACUUGCUGGAUGCCGGGCAGCACCUGCUGCCCCCGCAGCUGAUGAGGGCGUGAAGGAGCAGCUGAGCAGGAGAGGCCCCCCCAGCUGCUAAGAUGGGCAUGAGGAUCAAACUGCACAGCACCAACCACCCCAACAACCUGCUGAAGGAGCUCAACAAGUGCCGCCUCUCCGAGACCAUGUGCGACGUCACCAUCCUGGUGGGCUCGCGCUCCUUCGCCGCGCACAAAGCCGUGCUGGCCUGCGCUGCUGGAUACUUCCAGAACCUCUUCCUGAACACGGGGCUGGACGCCGCGCGCACCUACGUGGUGGACUUCAUCACGCCGGCCAACUUUGAGAAGAUCCUCAGCUUCGUGUACACCUCGGAGCUCUUCACCGAUCUCAUCAAUGUGGGUGUUAUCUACGAGGUGGCGGAGCGGCUGGGCAUGGAGGACCUGCUGCGUGCCUGCCACUCCACCUUCCCCGACCUGGAGAGCGCGGCCAUCCCCAAGCAGCCCCCCCUGGCCUCGGGGGACCCCCGACCAGGUGCUGUGGGCUGUGCCUCGGAGCAGAGCCCGGCGCUGGGGGACGCCCGGGGGAGCGCAGAGCACUUUGGUGCGGAGCGGGGUUACGUGCUGCAUGGGGAGGGAGCGGGCAGCUACAAGGAGGAGGAGAGGAGCGACGGCGGCCAGGCUGUGCCCCUGCUGCAGCCCCCGCUGCCCCCCAAGGACGCGGAGCCGGGGCCGUUCGGUCCUGGUGCUGUCGCAGCAGUGCAGCCUGGGCUGGGAGCUGGGAGCGUCAUGCAGAGCUCCGCAGGCUCCUGUCAGCAGUACAAGGUGCAGAGCAACGGCGACUACGGCAAAGGUGGGUUCUUCACGGCUGAUUCAUCCCUGGACAUCUCCACGGGGAGCAACUCGUGUCCCAGCAACAGCGAGCACUGCAAGGAGCCGGGCUUCGUGCCGAUGGACGAGCUGCAGCUGGAGGAGCUGGGCGAGGACGAGCUGCACUUCGAGGAUGCCAGCGAGGAGCUGGGGCCGUCGGAAGAGGUGAUCGAGCUGAGCGAUGACAGCGAGGAGGAGCUGGCUUUCGAGAGCGACGGGCGCGACAGCAGAGCCAUGCCCUGCCAGGUCUGCAAGAAAGUGCUGGAGCCCAACAUCCAGCUGAUCCGGCAGCACGCCCGCGACCACGUGGACCUGCUCACCGGGAACUGCAAGGUGUGCGAGACCCACUUCCAGGACCGCAACUCCAGGGUGACCCACGUGCUGUCCCACAUCGGCAUCUUCCUCUUCUCCUGCGACAUGUGUGAGACCAAGUUCUUCACGCAGUGGCAGCUCACCCUGCACCGCAGGGACGGCGUCUUCGACAACAACGUGGUCGUGCAUCCCAGCGACCCUCUGCCUGGCAAGGCGGGCGCCUUCGCCGCGGGGUCGGGUGCAGAUCUGGCGUGCGCCGCGUGCGGGAAACCUUUGGCCAAAGAUUUCCAGACCGUCCGCAACCACCUCCUGGACCACGUCAACCUGAAGAGCCAGACGUGCGGCGUGUGCGACCAGCGGCAUCUGAGCCUGUGCAGCCUGCUGUGGCACGCGCUGGCACACCUGGGCAUCGCCGUGUUCUCCUGCGCCGUGUGCGCCAGCAGCUUCGUGGACCGGCAGCUGCUGGAGAAGCACCUGGCCGUGCACCAGAGCGCCGAGGAGGCCCUGUUCCGCUGCCACUUCUGCGGGCAGAGCUUCAAGCUGGAGGCGGCGUAUCGCUACCACGUCAGCCAGCACAAGUGUGGCAGCGCUGUGGAUGCCCGUCCCGGCUUCGGCGAGCGGCUGCAGCCGCAGAGCUUGCAGAAGAGGAAGCUGCCCGAGGAGUUCCUGAGCGAGGAGCUGGCGCUGCAGAGCCAGCCGGGCAACAGCAAGUACAGCUGCAAGGUGUGCGGGAAGCGCUUCGCCCACACCAGUGAGUUCAACUACCACCGGCGCAUCCACACCGGGGAGAAGCCGUACCAGUGCAAGGUCUGCCACAAGUUCUUCCGCGGCCGCUCCACCAUCAAGUGCCACCUGCGGACGCAUUCGGGGGCCCUGAUGUACCGCUGCACCGUCUGCGGCCACUACAGCUCCACGCUCAACCUGAUGAGCAAGCACAUCGGGGUGCACAAGGGCAGCCUGCCCCCCGACUUCACCAUCGAGCAGACUUUCAUGUACAUUAUCCAUUCCAAAGACGCGGAGAAGAACGCGGACAGCUGAUGGGGUGAGGCAGGGCAGGGCUGGGAGGCGCCGCAGAAAAGCGUCGUUGGUUUUAUUUAACGGUCAGGCGUCGUGGAUGGAUUCCUCCUUUUUCUUUUUCUUUUUCCUUCUUUUUUAUUUCUUGGCCUUGCUAGGCUUUUUAGAGUGUACGAACCAACAGCACGUGAGCUACGUCACCGUUCCCGAGAAGUCUGUCGUGUUUACUUACCUCUGAUCCCAUUAGAGGCCACCGAGUUUUGUGUUCUUAGCGUUUCUCACUAGGUUCUGAAUCUAGAUUUUGUUCUGAAACCUCUUCGCCCACUGACUCGGCCGACCCACAGUCAGAGCUGACCCACAAACCGAUGCUGCUACGACUUUCUGACCUCAGCAGAGAGGGGCAGAGCUGGAGCGGGGCAGCGCCGGGCGGGAAGGAGAAGGGAAGCAGAAAGGAAGGAAGGAAGGACUGACGGUUCCAGGCACGGCGCGGCUUUGGGCGCAGCUCGGGGGUCGCAGCGCUGCGUCGCCAGCGGUGUUUACACCGGGAAGGACGGGGCCGCCCCAUUCCCACAUAUCCCGCUGUGGGGCAGAGACGAAGAGGAACAAAUGUCCCAGACACCGCAGCGCGAAUCGGGGCCGCCCUGCAGUAACUCUACUACCUCACAAACAGGAAGCGCCUUCGGGCCGCCGCGGGUCGCACUUCUGCACAGAGAACACUGAUAACGGAGCGGACCGAGCGGCCCGGCGCCGCGAGCUGGGAACUCGGGGGUGCUCCCCCCCGCUCUGCUGUGACCUUGGGCAAGUCACUUCACCUCUUUGCCUCAGUUUCCUCAUCUGUAAAAUGAGGGUGGUGACCCUCGUGGUGCCGACCUACCUCUCUGGAGCGUGCUGAAGAGCACCGGCUCGCGCCGCGCCGUUACCAGAGCGUGGAGGGGAUGCGUCCCCGUCCCCCCAUCCCACCACUCCGUCGCUUUGCUCCCAUUGUGGCCGUCCUGCUGACAGUAGAUCCUCCAGUCCCGUCCCGGUGCUGCUGAAGGAGCCGGUGGUGAUGCACGCAGUGCUGCUCCCUGCAGGACUCCCCGACUGCUGGGAUGGAUUUUGGGGGGGACCGCCUCAUCCCCAAAGCCUCGAGGCCCCCCGGAGCUGCGGGCGCCCCGCGUCCGGCCAAGCUGUGAAGCAAAAGCCUUUUGUGCACAUAAACCAAAAAGAGAAGUUUUACACUGAAAUGCUAUGGGGCAGAGCAACUCCAGCCCCCACCCCACCACUGAGCGUGGGGACAGAGCCCUCCCUGCUGGCUGCUGUGGGGAAGGGGGCGCUGCGGAGCACUCUCUCACCCCCACUGUCUCUGUGUUGAAUCCUUCCCUGUGAAUUGUUCCAUGUGGAAACGCGAUGGGAGUGAGCUCUGCUCUGCUCUGCUCUGCUCUGCUCUGCUCUGCUCUGCUCCCCCAGUGGCACUGGUUCUGGGGAGGGCAGCCCCAUGUGCCACCCCCCCACAGCGCACCCCGAAGGACCCCCAUCAAGGAACAAAGCAGAAAGAAGAGCGGAACGCGUUGCUGUCUAACCUCCUCAUUAAGUUAACCGUAGGUACUGACCUCCUGAUAUUUAAGUGUUUACUAUCUAUUUGCUGUAAAGUUUUGUAUAUUUUGUAAACUUCCUCCCCCCCGCCCCCCUCCAGAUCGUAGAUGUCUAAAAUCGUUGUACAUCAGGUUCUUUUAUACUCCAUUGUUCAGCACAAAGUGUGGUUUUUUAUUUAGAAUAAUAAAAGCGGAAAACGUUGA